CGCGCGGCAGCCCGGCAGUCACACCGCCCGCGCCACUCGCGCCGCACGCUCCGACGAUGUUGUUGCUGGCCCUCCUCGCCGCCGUCGCCGCCGCGGCCGCGCAGAACGAAACUCAACCGCCGCGCGCGCCCGUACCCCGCCGCGAACAGUUCCGAGUCAUCUACGAAUGGAACGCCAUCGACUUCGAAUGGGCCUCCCCGGGAGACCGCGAGGACUACCUCAAUACGAGCCGAUACAUACCCCAAAACGUCCUAAUAUCUGGCAUAAACUUCUACGGCGAAAAUAUAUUCCUGACGGUGCCGAGGAUGCUGGACGGAGUGCCGGCGACGCUCGGCACCAUCCCCACGCAGCAGACGGAGACAGCGCCCAAGCUGCGUCCGUUCCCUAGCUGGGCUGACAACGAGAUCGGCAACUGCAAGGCGCUGCAGUUCGUGCAGAACAUCGAGAUCGACAGGAACGGCAUCAUGUGGAUCCUGGACAACGGCCGCGUCGGCACCCUCACCCGCACGCCCGACGCCAAGUGCCCGCCCUCGCUCGUCCUCAUCGACCUCAAGACCGGCAAGAACGAAAUGGAGCGUAUUCCUUUCCCUCCCGACACUGUGAAUGUUAACAGCACGUACCUUAACGACCUAGUAGUGGACAAUCGCGACGGAGACUACGCUUACAUCUCCGACAACAGCGCUGUCGACCCCGGCAUCAUCGUUUUCCGUCGAAGCGACAAAAAGUCCUGGAAGCUUCGAGAUAAAAAUUCCAUGAAAUUAAUGGAAGAGGCUCAAUCCUUCCGCAUCAACGGCACCACCGUGACUCUCCCCGUCAACAUCGACGGCAUCGCCCUGGGGCCUCAGUUCCGCAAGGAGGACGGCAGCGUCGACAGGACCGUGUACUACUGUCCACUCGCUAGUUACCAUUUAUACGCGAUAAAUGCAUCAGUUUUACGUAAUGAGUCCCUCGCGCAAAUUGGUGAAGGAGCUCUGCGGCCGUACGUGGUGGACCUCGGCACAAAAGCCUCGCAGACGGACGGCAUGAAGAUGGACUCGACCGGAGUACUCUUCUUCGGUCUGAUUGGCAACUCGACGAUUGCGGAAUGGAACACGACGGUCGAUUUCCACGUCGGUCAGCGUACGAUCGCACGCGAUCCCAAUUACAUUCAGUGGGUGGACCGCUUCACUUUCGACGACCGCGGAAACAUAUACGUCGUCAUCAACAGGCUAUUUAACUUUGUGAAGAAUCAGGUUGCGCUUAACGAAGUGAACUACAGGAUCCUGAAGUCGCAUACGGGCUCGAAGAGCUACGUGUUCGCGGAGGACAUCGGGCUGGGGGGAGUCCCGGGCGCGGCGGCGGCGCCCGCGCUGUGCGGCUCGCUGCUGCUGAUGCUGCUGGCGCACCUGCUGGCCUAGUGCGCCGGCGCCGGGCCGCGCGCACCGCCCGCGGCCCGAAACCACAAACCAGUGCUCAUUAUGCGACGCUCGGACUGACGCGUAACAUUACCAAAUAUUAAGAGUUACCUUGACCUCAGGGUCGAUCCAGUGAUAAAAAGCAUGUAGAUAGCUUUAUAUACUUACUAAUACAAUUGGAAUAUUUAGAAGACACGAAUGUAAGGAUGUUGAUUGUGUGACCUUUGUUCGCCUCCGGGUCGUAGUGAAGACGACACGCAGGCUGCAUGCUCGGGAGGUCGGUUGCCAAAUGCCGCGCCGACAAUAAACAUUCCAGCCCAUCUCGGCAGAGGUGCAACGUUGCACAAUAUUUAUUUAUAUGUACUCUAUGUAAAGUAGGAAAUUUGUAAAUGACUUUUCUUUCCGACGCUGUUUGGUAACAAAACUGUUGCAAAGGCAAGUCAUUUACUUGAAAUUGAUGGUAAUUAUAACCGUGUUAUAUAUAUGGGUAGUCCUAGUUAUUAACUUAAAUUGUAUAAUAAACACUAUGACUAAAAUUGUAUGGCUGUGGUGCGAACGUGACCGUGUGUUUGGUUAAAUAAACGUGUUUAUCAUAUUAUA